AUUAACCCUUUUCCUACCAAUUCCUCUCACAAUGCAAAUGCUUCAUUCGCCCACCUUAACUCGUCUCAUCACCAUCUUCUCCUUCUUGCUCCUUCUCCCUCCAUCAUUCAGUAAAGUGUUACGUUCUGCUUCUUUUGAUUGCGGUAUUCUACGAAAUGAAAAGUAUCCUUUUUGGAACAACAAUACCCCAAAGGAUUGCCGUCUGGUUGGAUUCCAAUUAAACUGCGCAGAACCAUCUCCCAUCAUAGAUAUUGGCCAAGAUGGAAAGUUCCGCCUAUUGCAAGUAAACCAAAUGAGUUAUACAAUGACACUUGGUCCCAAAGAUCCCAGUGGAUACAUUUGUCCUAAGAAUCCCCAGAACAGAACCCUCCUUCACCCUUGCUUGAAAUUAUCCAAAUUCAACCAAAACAUCAGACUGUUAUAUAACUGUGCCCCUGCCCAAGUCACACUGCCACCAGAAAACACCACUAAUAGUGGCCAACCCAAAUAUAACAACAUUGAUCCCUUCGUCUUGAACGAAUCAGUAGUUGGGAGAAAUGAUUAUAGAGAGCUAUUUACGCGUGGUGCUACUUUUGAAAUUGAGGUUAAUCAGACGGUGUAUCAGAAGUUCCAAAACCUGCGAUUGGUUGAUGCUUUAAGCGGAGGAUUUGGUGUGGUGUCCAACGUUAGUGGGGUUCUGCGUGGGCAAUGUGUGGGUCUUGGUGGGAUAUGCAAAUCCAAUUCCAUGCUCAUUAGACCAAAUCUUUGAUUUUAGAUCAAGACAAUCUAUGUAAUUUUCGAGUCCGAUAAGAGGAUCGACACAGUAUUUUUGAAAAUCUACAGUUUCUAUCAUGUUCUCACAAAAAACAUUUCAUACUACCAGUUGUUAGGCGCUACUCCACAUCUGAUAUAAUAUGAGUCCAGCUCAGACAGUCUAAGAAAAAUGAUAUGCUUAAUAAAUCUUUGCUUUUCUUUCAACUUUUGUUUUGUCUUUCUUCUUGAUUUCAAACUACUGUAAUAAGAAAACAUGAUGAACUUA